AAAAACCAUAAUCACUACACUACAGCGCCCGUUAAUGGAGGAGGAGGCGGCGACGGUUGCAGGCGGUGGAAGAGGCGAGCAGACGUGGAGGCGGCGGCCGCCGAUGAAAGUGAUGGUGGCGAUCGACGAGAGCGACGGCAGCUUCUACGCCCUGCAGUGGGUUCUGGACCACCUCCUCGGCGUGGGAGGCAUCGUGCCGUCGAACGAGCCGAGCGUGGAGGACACCGGGAUGAUCACUCUGCUUCACGUUCAGCAGCCAUUCCAUCAUCACGUCUACCCCGUCGGUCCCGGCGGCGGCGGUGCUGCAGCAGCUUUUUAUGGGACGUCGUCUUCGUUUCAAGAAGGCGUGAGGCUAGCCCAAGCCGAAGCUUCGGCGGCGCUCUUGGCUCGCGCUAUGCGGAUGUGCAGUGACAAAAUGGUGAAGGCAGAGACGCUGAUAAUGGAGGGAGAACCCAAGGACACCAUCUGUCAAGCCACAGAGCAAACCCACGUUGAUCUUCUCGUGGUGGGAAGCCGCGGCUUAGGCAAGAUCAAGAGAGCAUUUCUGGGGAGCGUAAGCGAUUACUGCGCGCACCACGCAAAAUGCGCCGUCCUCAUUGUCAAGCCCAGCGGUGACUCCAGUCAGCCCCAGUCCGGCGCGGCCAAGCCAUAGGCCUGUGUGCGUGUGUGUUUCGUUUGUAUUUUCCGAAGAUAUAGUGGGGAAAAAUGCCAAGGCCAAAAGGGAGAAAAAAGAGUACGAGAAAAGCAAACAAUGUGGUUCGGCAACUCUCUUGUAACAGUACAAGGUGGUGAAAGACAUAAAUCAUAUUGUAAUUACCAUACAUAUUAAUGGAUGGUUAGUCAUCAAUAAUAAAUAAAGAAAUUGAGUGUAUGGAGAAUUGACUAUUAUUGCUAAUUAGGCUUGGGGCAUGCCGAGCAAAGUAAUUGUAUUAUUCUUCGGGGAGCAGAUCC